CUUCGCUGACUAGCACAACCAUCCUCUUCUAAUACAAAACUGUGAUCUCAGCACCUCCCCCUCGUCUCUCCCAUUUGCGUUCUCUUCGGCGAGUCUGCCUUACUGCUACCUUCCCCGGGAACCGUCCUAUACUUUUCCACCUGAGCCGUUCCGCCGCCGCGGCGCAGCGCUCGCUCUGCCCCCCGCCCGCUCCCGAUCGCGUUAAAUCACAUCGGAUAUUCAUUCUUCCUGUCAAUAAAUCCCCUCGCGCUCUUCUGGUUCCCAUCGUCUCCAUGUGUAUACUGAUGGUUAUAACCAGACCCAACUGAAAAAACUGGAUUUUUUUCCCUCUUGAGCAUGAGAAGGACUGUCGAAUCAUCCGCAAUCCUGCAUCAAAGAUUGGGCUACCAGCAUGACCACCGGGUACCGACACACCAGCCCAAGUUUUUUGACAACAGAUUAAAUCACCGGGGACUUCGGAUCCCAACCAUAUAGGAGAAUAAAUUUUAGGUCUCCACAGAAUGGAGCAAGAAUGAGCAGAGCGUGGCUGCAGGAGAAGCAUGAACUGGAGGUGCAUUGAGGUCUUCUGCUUCCUGUUUCUAUGGGACCAGAUCACAGUUCAGUCUUCCCACCAGGACCCAGCCGUUGCCGAGCAACAUGUCUCCAAGCAAUUUGAUUGGCUCAUCUCCGACCGCGGACCUUUCCACCACUCACGGAGUUACCUCUCCUUCGUGGAAAGAUUCCGCCAAGGAUUUACAACCAGAUAUAAAAUCUAUAGAGAGUUCGCUCGCUGGAAGGUGAGGAACACGGCCAUGGAGAGGCGGGGCCUAAUCCGGAAUCCAGUUCCGCUGAUGCCCGAGUUCCAGCGCAGCGUACGCAUGCUGGGGCGACGCCCCUCCACCCAGCAGUUCAUCGACACUAUCAUCAAGAAGUAUGGCACCCACAUCCUCAUCUCAGGCACUCUGGGAGGAGAGGAGGCCCUGACUAUGUACAUGGAUAAGAGCAAGCUGGACCGCAAAAUUGCCAAUGCCACCCAGAGCGUGGAGGCCUUACACCAGCUGGCGUCCUCUUACUUUAUCGACAGGGAUGGGACCAUGCGGAAACUGCAUGAGAUUCAGAUCUCCACCAAUGCCAUCAAGGUGACAGAAACUCGGACAGGACCACUGGGAUGCAGCACCUAUGAUAACCUGGACUCUGUGAGUUCCGUUCUCCUGCAGAGCCCUGAGAGCAAGCUGCAUCUGCAAGGCCUGCAGGUCAUCUUCCCAGAGUAUCUCCAGGAGAAGUUUGUGCAGUCAGCUCUCAGCUACAUCAUGUGCAAUGGAGAGGGGGAGUACGUAUGCCGGAACAGUCAGUGCCUCUGUCAGUGUUCUGAGGAGUUCCCACAAUGCAAUUGUCCGCUUACUGACAUACAAAUCAUGGAAAACACGCUUCUGGGGAUGGCCGAGUCCUGGGAAACCUCCUACAAGGACUUUGAAAACUCAGAUGAGUUCAAGUCAUUCCUGAGACGACUCCCUUCAACCCAUUUCCUGCCGGUGAGUAGCGUUCACCUGCUGUGGGGAAGUGACUGGGACCUGCAGUCUCGCUACCGCCUCCUACAGAGCUCCCUGGAGACGCAGCGGGCCAAGAUGCAGCGAGCCGCCCGUAAGCUGUUCGGCCUCAGCAUCCGCUGCCACCACAAUCCCAACCACCAGCUUCCCCGAGAGAGAACUGUGCUGCAGUGGUUGAACCGGGUCCAGUCCUUCCUGUACUGCAACGAGAACGGGUUCUGGGGCACCUUCCUGGAAAGCCAGCGGACGUGUGUGUGCCACACAGGCGUGACGCUGUGCCAGCGACCCAUCCCCUGCGUCAUCGGUGGCAACAACAGCUGUGCUAUGUGCAGCCUGGCCAACAUCUCGCUCUGUGGGUCCUGCAACAAGGGCUACAAGCUGUACCGCGGGCGCUGCGAGCCACAGAACGUGGACUCGGAGCGCAGCGAGCAAUUUGUCAGCUUCGAGACCGACCUGGACUUCCAGGACCUGGAGCUCAAGUACCUUCUGCAGAAGAUGGACUCACGGCUCUACGUGCACACUACCUUCAUCAGCAACGAGAUCCGCCUGGACACCUUCUUCGACCCUCGCUGGAGGAAGAGGAUGUCGCUGACCCUGAAGAGCAACAAGAACCGCAUGGACUACCUGCACAUGGCAAUUGGGCUCUCCAUGAAGAUCUGCCAGAUGCGCAACAGCAGCGUGGACCCCAUGUUUUUCGUCUACGUCAACCCUUUCAGCGGCAGCCACUCGGAGGGCUGGAGCAUGCCUUUUGGGGAGCACGGCUACCCCCGCUGGGAGCGGGUCCGCCUGCAGAACACCCAGUGCUACAACUGGACCCUGUUGCUGGGAAACCGCUGGAAGACCUUCUUUGAGACGGUGCACAUCUACCUGCGCAGCCGAGCCAAGGUGCCCACCACCCUGCGUAAUGACACGGGGCAGGGCCCAGUGGACUUGUCGGACCCCAACAAGAGGCAGAUCUACAUCAAGAUCUCGGAUGUGCAGGUGUUUGGGUACAGCCUUCGAUUCAAUGCCGAUUUGCUGCGGAGCGCCGUGCAGCAGGUCAACCAGUCCUACACCCAGGGGACACAGUUCUACUCCUCCUCGUCCGUCAUGCUCCUCCUCCUGGACAUCAGAGACCGGAUAAACCGCCUGGCCCCGCCCGUUGCCCCCGGCAAGCCGCAGCUGGACCUCUUCUCCUGUAUGCUGAAGCACCGCCUCAAACUCAACAACAGCGAGAUGAUCCGGGUCAACCACGCUCUGGACAUGUACAGCACAGAGAUCCUCAAACAGUCUGAUCACCUGACCACGAAACUUUGCUGAGGUCUAACUACAACUGCAGCUACAGCCACAACAAUGACCACAACUACAACUAAAAACAGCAAAAACUGACUUUGACAACAGACCAUGUCUUUUUUCUUUUUCCAUUUAUUUAAUUAAAAAAAUAAUAUUUUGCCUUCUUUCUUGGUUUUUGCUUUUUUGAUGUAAAAUAACUUUGUAAAUGUAAUUAUUAAACAAAUGAAAAAAAAUGUAAAAAGAGAACAUUUUAAUGGGCGAGAAAGGACUAACUUUAAACCAUUUAACAAGAAGACUGUACCAUAUUUGUCGAGCAUGUCUGUCCUUUCCUUUAAUGAACAUAAAGAACAAUUAAACAUUGAAUUGUGACUAAGAGGCCUUGAAUUUACUCCAGCAGAACAAACAACAUGAAUACUGCCAUUCCUAAAGACUAAAGCUUUAUUAAAUCCAACUAAUAAAUCAGAAUUAGAUCAGGGCUGGUUGCAUAAAUCCUAUUUAUUGUGCUUAUAAGACUAGUCUAAUAAAAAUUAGGUAGUUGCAUAAAAAAAACAGGCGGACAAAAAUGUAGCCUACUCACCCCCAGGCUAACUGAAGUUAGAUGCUUCUAUUCUGUGUUAAUUGUAAGGCAGCUGGCUAAUGCUAUCAAGUUCAUUCUUCAACAGAGAUCCCUCGGUUACAAUGUGUAGAGCCUGUCAGCUUUUGCCCUAUGUGUCCAAUUUUUGUUUGCAUUUUGUUGUUGUUUCCAACUUAAACAAUGUUUAAAUUUUAAUUUGGCUUGGCUGCUAUUUAGUGUUACAUGUUCAAUGCAAAAGCAAAAGCUGUCUGCUGCUUCCCCUCCAUUUGUUAGUACUGAUCUAGUGCGUGUCUUGCGCGUGUGCUGGUGUAAGCCCUUUGAUGUUUAUUAGCAAAUGUUAUAAAAUGGGCUCCACUUGAACACCAGUCUGUUACUUGCUUGGCUUAUUGCUUUGUAAAGCAGAUGCUUAUGUUAUUAGCUAUGCUUCAUAUUUUUUAACUUGCUAGCUAGUGUCACUAAGCCUUAUAAACACAAGCUACUUUGCUAGUUGACUACCAACUUAAAGCUGCUAUGCUAAGUAAUUUAGUUUCUUGGAGGAAAGGACAAAAAUCAGUGGUGGGUUUCCCAAUGCCUCUUACAAUCCCUCUUAAAUAAUGUGGGUUUCCCAAACACAUUCAUAAUGAAAGCGUCUCAUUACUUCAUUCUUAAAGUUACGAGCCGUCUAGAAUCACUCGUUCAUAGCAAAGAUCCGUUCACAUGCGCUUUUGAUUAAUGCUUACAAUCACAGCCUACAAUGACCAAAAAAGUGUAGUAGUCUCGUAGUCUCUUCUUUUUCAUGUAUAUUGAGAGUAAAUAUUCUAUUUAAAAAAAAUUAAAUAUAUAUACCCGUAAAAUAAAAAUAUUUGAAUAUGAUUGGGAAGGACCGUGUAUUAAAUUGAACAUAAUAAUGUUACAUUGAUAACUUGAUUAUUUUUAAUCAAAUUAGUCAUUGUGAUAUUGUCUAGUCAAGUCUAAAGUCAUCAAAUUUGUGACUCGAGUCCGACUCGAGUCCAAGUCAUGUGACUCGAGUCCACAUCUGUGGCUAAUAAUAAGCAGGUAACCAUCUCAUUAUUAUCUUUCAUUAAUAAAACAAAUUGCUGCACCUCUAUAAUUGUAUAAAUAAGGCCAAAACAUUGCCACCACUUCAUUGUGGAGAAGGGUCUAAAUUUCCAUGGCUGCACUUCAGAGAAUCCUGCACCUGAACUAAACGUGCAGAAGAGUAUGUUGACGGUGCUGUAAUGUUGUGAGAAUGAAUUCUGCAAUCAGGGUCAACUUAAAUCCACAAAUAAUUGAAAAGAAGUCUUAAAUUCCUCUUAAGAGUCCAUCUAAUGAUUGUGUUUGGGAAACCCACUUAACUAGAGAAUGUUCAUUACUUAAGUACCUCGUAAACUCACUUGUUAAUCCUAAAAUCAAAUGUUAUCCGGAAACCCACCACAUAUUAUGUGGUUAAAAAUUUCUGUUCAACAUGACAUGAGCUUAAAUCAUUGGGUAUUUCAGUUAAUUUAGCUAACAUUUGCUAACUACCUGCAACUGUAAUGUAGUGCACUAUAAUGUUACUGUAGCUGCUGCAAACUGAGUAUGUGCGGUUAAGAGUCAGUAUCUCGUGGCACUUCCUUCUAUCAAAUAUUCUACGAAAUACCUCACAUGAUGGAAGAAAAAUGCCAUGUUAAAAUGGCUUUUUCCAAAUGUAAGUUUUUAAACCAAGAUGUUCAAGCAAUUUACUUUAACCUAUGAAGUUUUAACAUCUUCCUUAUUUUCAUAUGGAAGAUGUUAAAUAACAUAUAACAUAUUCCAUUUUUCAGUAUCUGCCAAUAAUUUAAAGCAAAUUCAGCUAUGUGAAGGAGAUGUAUGUAAGCCCUGAGUAAAACAAAUGUAUACAAUCAAUGAAUUUAGAAUAACCCGAUUUAAGUAAUCGACUUCAGGCUGUUUACCGAACCGACCCCAGUUAGUAAUUUUACUGAAAUAAGGUAGGGAUGUAAAAGUUGUAAAGUGAAAAAAUAAAUGAAAAGUUCAUAUAUAAUUGUAAUAUUUUUUGGAUGACCUAAUUAUUGACCUUCUCCAUGAGUGCUUUGGCUGAAUGGAAACCAUACAAUGAAUGAAACAAUGAAAUGUGAAUUGCUGUCUGCAUUUUAUGCCCAGUGUGGUGCUGUCUGCAUCAUACUAGAUGCAAAAAAAAAAAAAACAACAACAAAAGAAACCUUUAAGUAUAACUAGACUUGAGAGUUUAUUUUCUGUACAGUAGUUCUCUUGGGAAUGUGCAUUAAAGAUAAUGAGUUGCUGGAGCAUUGAAUGGGCACAUCACAUUACAGUUAUUGUGAAACAUCACUGAAUGGUGGCCAGUGUUUCUGCACACAUUCUUAACUUGCGAUAAUCAGCCACUGAGGACAAACAAUAUAUCCAAAUAACAUGAAAGAAAAUCUGAUCUGUUAUUUCAAAAGCCAAAUUGCCAUUGGCGUUCUUUAUAUCGUAGAUUAGGUACAAGUUCCAACUGAAUCAUUUGAAGAAAACACAACAUUUAUUGCAUUUUAUCUGGAAUUCAGGAAGCGUUGUUGGGCGCUAUGGGCUUUUGGGUUACUACAGCCGUCAGUAAAUCCAUGUCAGCAGUGGAGUCCAGCAACAGCAGGGGAGAUACUAGAUGUAAGCCUGGCAUAGUUGAACUGAGAGUCUGUGCUCUUUAAUCCUGAGGUCGCUGCUAUCAGAGGAUUCCACACUCAGUGAUUCCCUUUGAUAUUCAAAUGUACUUUUGCUGACCAGACCAACAUGAUCCAAAGCCAUGCUACAGCCGGAGGAGCUGGCAAGCCAAGUUGUUCUCCUGUGCUGUCGGAAUUUUCCAAGCAUUUUCAUUUCUUGGCAUUAUGAAUAACAAGAACAGAUGUCCAUUGUGAACAAAAUAUUCAGCCCUGUGUUUUUAGAAUUAAAUGUUCCAGUGUGAUGGUCACUUUUUUCUUAAGGAGUUCUGUUACCUUGAACAAACCUUUGUCGUGGUCUUGGCUUUCAAAAUAUGACUCUGCUAUUCUGCAGUUUUCUGCCUCAGAGGUUGAUCAAGAGUUUUCUCUAAUUAAAAUACACUAGUAAAUGAGUUAAUAAAUGAUAAUUAAAAACUA